CUUUAAAUCCCUCACAGUAGUACACAGAACUCGUACGGCAAUACUUCGGUCAAAAAUUCUUUUUGAAAAAAAAGCGAAAAUAAGUAAUUGUAAUGUAAGACCAGCAAAAAAUCGUAAAAUAUACUAUCCAAAAGAACAAAAAAAAAAAAAAAUCGAAUCAUGCAAAACAAGUGAAUAUCAAGUGCCAAUUAUGGAUGUUGAAGACAGCAGCGAAGAGGAGCAGCGGACGCAGGACAUAGCUGCCUUCACGAAGUUCGACGAGAGCAUCGAGGUUCGCAACGCCGAGGAGAUAAAGAGUCCAGUGAGCAGUCGUCGAGUUGCUAGCAUGAAGCGCAGAGGAUCGAAAAGCAAGGAGUCGAGCGCACCUCCCCAAACCGACGUUCGUUCGCCUCGUGCAACCGAUUUCAGAAGGUACUCCGUCCCGGAUGACUCGUUCAACAAAUCCAUGGGCCUUGACAGCGAGACGUCCGAUAGCGAGGACAGCGAGGACAUGGACGCCGAGAAGAUGUCGAGGUUGAAGCUGUCCAACUACUACGACUCGAAGCAGUUUGAAGACCUGGAGGCGUCCACAGAAGUCAAGGAGCUGUUUCAAAACAUCACGAGGUACACCCCGCAGAAGAUCGAGUUGCAGUACAAACUGAUCCCGUUCAUCCCUGACUACAUCCCAGCGGUGGGCGACAUCGACGCUUUCCUCAAGGUACCACGACCCGACGGCGUUCCCGACCAAGUCGGUCUCACUGUUCUAGACGAACCUGCUGCCGAGCAGUCCGAACCGGCGGUUCUUCAUCUACAGCUACGCAGCAGGAGUCGCAGCGCUGUCGGCGCUUCCAAGACAUCUGUGGUGAAACGACUCGAGGACGCAUCGAAGCAGGGUAGGCUGAUCGACAAGUGGAUCGAGGACAUGGGUCAACUGCACCGGAGCAAACAUCCCCCAGCCGCUCAGCUGACCAACAAGUUCCCGGAGGUCGAAAGAUUGCUACAGCCCUGGCCAGCUGAAAUAGAGGAAAAACUCUACCUCGAACCCAGUGUCGAUUUCGAGAAGCUCGACUGUGCUCUAUUCCAGCUGAUCGACCUCCUCUGCGCCAUCCUCGACAUACCCGUCUACGGCGCCAGCUCGCGCAUCGAGUCGCUACACACACUCUUCGCCCUGUACACUGAAGUUCACAACGUCGACAUACAGAGGAUACACAACUUUUAAGAGGUUUUUUCAUUGACACAAGCCAGUUUUUGCGUUCACAUUCACGUUUAAUAAGUAGAAAACUUAAGUAUUUUAAUACAAUUUCAGCGGAAGUAAGGAGAUAAUAAGCGAACAAUUAUUGUUUUUUUUCUUUCGAGUCACAAUAGUGUCCUUUUCUAACCUACGUUAUAAUAUAGAAAAAUUACAAAAAGUCGACUUUUUUCACAAUAAUAAUAAUAAUAAUAAUAAUAAUAAUAAUAAUAAUAACAAUAAUAAGCGGCGUACGCAAGAGUCUUUUGUAAAUAAACGUAAUAGUUGACAAGAACUCAGGAUUUGUGUGCUGCGGCCACGGUACGCUUAGCGCACUCGGUUAGUUUGUGAGCCUGUAUAGUCGGUGUACAAUAGUGUUAAUUGUAUAAGAAAACGAAAAUAAAAAAAUCAGACUGACUUUUCUCAUGCAUACUGGGGAGUAAAUACUUUUUUGCUCCUAAAGUAAUAUAUGAAUACGUGUUUAUAUCAUAGUUACACUUCCUAAUAAAGAUUUGCUUUCUUUUAAAUACCUAACGCCUAGGACGCUUUAUAUUAUAAUAUAUAUUUCAUAACAUCGUUGCCUAGAUAUCAUAAUUUUGAUUUUUUUUUAUACAGAUCGUAGAUGUUUUCUUUCUUUUCGCUAACCCGCAUCUCUCGCUCUAUCAACAUCCCCGUGUCCAUAUUUAUUUUCCUAAAUCUUUGUUUU